AAGUACAGUAACGAUGUAACCAAACCCCUUGGAUUGGCAAAGUAAAUGGCUAAAAAGGUGGAUGUUAUAAUUACAAAUCUAUGAUGGAUCUAUCAAAAUGAUCUGAAUACUUCAAUAUUCUGAAAAUCUAUUUCUAAAAAAGUCAAUACACAAUGUUUGGCUGUAAAUGUGUCAUUAUAGCAAUUGAAUAGUUUACUUAUCUGUAAAAGAACAAAAUAGCGUAUUCAGAUGGGUUUCAAAUGACAUCACAGUAUUCUGUGAGACAAUAAUAUUAAAUACAGAUGGGCAGCAGUGGCUAUGUUAAAAAGCGAAUUGUUGCUAUAUUAUAAUGAGUUCUAGGCAUCUAUAGCCUAAUUUCAACAUUUGUGAAUGUAACUGGAUUAAAAUAUUGUGGGGAUUAUAGUCACUCUAAGAAUCUGAAAACCACCAAUAGUAGACCUACCGCUUAAAUCUACACAGGAAAUAAUUCAGUGAACGAUGUCACAUUUACAGUAGCCUACAUGCGUGAAACACUACAACACCAUCUGUGCCUUUCUCAAAGGCAAAGCUAUUGCGGUAUGGGACACUAAUUAAUAGUCCUGUGAGGAGCAGCGGCUCAGUCCUCUCUCCCACCAGUGCAUAGGCUACUGUUGCUGUGUUCUUUUGCAAGGCACUUUUUGCUUCUGUGUGUGAGCAUGUAUGACUGUUUUCUUAAUCGAACGGAGGCAGAACAGUUCUAUGGCAAUAACAAAGAUGUAGAAGCCAAUGAUGGAAUUAUACAACGCCCUCUGCUGUCCAUUGACAUAACCUACACAUAUUCAGCGGAUCAUACUCGAUAAAAACAACACAGAAAAAACGUCUGCUCCGUCUCGCCAUGGCAUAUCACAUAUAUGCCUUUGUUUGUGCGUUCACCUGUCUGAUUGGUGCCUAAUGUGAGCGGGGAUGGGCUCUAUUCUACAGCAGCGACUGCCACAACAGUACCCGGUGAGGCUGUGCACGGAGCCGGGAUGGAAGCCGACGACUGGGAGCGACCACAGGCCUGAAGUGGACAGCUACAAUACGGACACGUUCUUGCUUCAGAGGAGGCCACAGCAUCUACAGGAUACACCCACAGAGCAAACCAUUCGGACAUCUCUGCCCAGAAGAAUGCACAGAUCCACCAACAGAAAGUCCAAAUACAGUUCUCAGGUAACCUCUGAAUCCCCAUCUCCUGUACCACCAACUUCAGACCAGUCCCAAGUUCGAGCAUCAGUUACUCUCUACAAAAAGAAGCACACAAAUCCCACACGAAGGAGGCAUACAGCAGCAUUUCCCUGCCAUCAAGCCCUCUCAGACUCCAGUCCAGACCCUGCUCUACGACUCUCAGUGCUCAGGGAAAGUGGUGCCCACAGAGAUGACGACAGCGACACAGACCUGUCUGAAUCUGAAAAACUUUCAGAACUGCCCUGUGGUGGUCCCCCUCCACAGUUACAGCUGCGACCGGAAGUGAUCACUCUUGAAGAACCUCCACUGUGUAGUAGACACAAAAACAAAUCAAAAUUUGAAUUUCCAGACUUUCUCCCUCCACCUUUUAACUCAUGGAGCCUCAACCAGUUAGCUUAUUUUUAUAACAUGGAAGGUCGUGCAGCUUCCCAGCCUAAGCCCACUGGUCAAUUAGAACGCUAUUUGGAAAGACUUAUGCAGUUAGAAUGGUAUCAGAUCAAAACAUGGCAAGAUAACAAUGGGACAACACAUCCAGAGCCUUUAGCAGCUAGCCAUAAGAGUCUGGUGUCUACCUCAGCCCGCCUCAGCACUCCUAAAUGUAUCCUGCAAUGCCAGCGGGCCUUUCCCCUCACUAUCCUGUCCUCUGUGACUAGCCACUGCGCUUACAUUGUCUGCACAACACGAAACUUGUCCUGCAGCUGCCGCUCCUCUGGCAACCAUGCACGCCCAUCCAGGAUGAGCCCGACCCAGGAGAAAAGAGGGCCUUCCUCACUACCCAAAAGAAGUUACAGUGAAAGCCGUGCUCCUUUGCUUAAUCAAAGGCUGAGUAGUCCUGUCAGGAAUCAGGGCCAUCUAAAGCAGAUGCAGGCUGCAGGAAACCUCCGAAGUUCUGUACAUGCCGUUUACAACAGACAGCCCUCCACUGCCAGGGACCAAGGACCACUGUGGAAGGAUAAUUUUCCAAAUUACAGAACUGGCUUUGUCCGGAGUGGCUCAGUAAAUAGAAAAAGCAACUCAGAACGGCCGCAUAACAGUGCAGAAAAGCGGCGGGGCAGGUCUGAGUGUAGAAAAGGACAUGCUGAAAGGAGAGCACAACAAGAGGUAAAACCUGAUGCUGUGAAUGCCAUAAUGGACAAUUUAUCAGCCACCAAGUCUACUGCUGUGAAUAGAUUGUCCAGGUCAAAACAGAUUGAAUUUAUUACAUGACCUUCAGGAACUAAUUUUGUGUACUUCACACUAAUCCACAAAUUGUAAAAAUUGUCUGCCUUGUACUCUCCAUAUCUGCUAUCCACUGCCAAGUUUACAAAUGGUUCACACUGGAGUGUGGUGAAUG